AUGCAUUGCCCCCAGGAUCAUGAAGCUCUCGUCCCUCGGCCUCGUGGGUCUUUGCCUAAGGUGUGUGCUGGGGUGCUGGCUGCCAUAGCAAUAGGAGGCGUCACGUGUGUUUCUCCUGAAAAAGUAUUUGGAUGGGUUGCCAUGAUAAUUCUCAUGUUGACGCUUGGUCCAUUACUGCAUGCGAUCUGUCUGCUAGCGGAGGAGAUGCUUUACCAUGCAAAUACCAGGUACCGAGGCAGAGGGCUGCUGAGCCAUGUGCUGCCAGCCUGUGGUUUGGGGGGGAAGACCCUGCUGGCUGCGGGGCUGGCAGGCCUUCUGCUCCACCUGGCUGGAAACCCUCUGCCCCACCAGGGCCAAAGCUGGAAACUCCUCUUCCUGGCCUCGGCUCUCUAUGCGUUGUUCAAAAGCCUGGGAGUCCUGGGUCCGUCUGAGGUGGAGGUGUCAGACAUCUGUGAGGGGAGGAAGAUGAACGUGGCUCACGGCCUGGCCUGGUCCUUCUACCUGGGCUACCUGCAGCUGGUGCUGCCACGUUUGGAGGAGUCCAUCGCAGCGUUUCGUGCCAGCCACCAGUCCGGCAGCUCCUCCUGGGGUCGUGGCUCCAGGAAGCUCCUCAUCCUCAUUCCUCUCAAUGCCAAUAUUUCUCACAAGCUGGAGGAAGAGGACAACAACAUCCAGUUCUAUGACAACCUCCCCAACACUGAGAUAAACAGGGCUGGAGUCCGGGGGCGGGUCUACAAGCACAGCGUCUACAGAGUCCAGGACGAGCAUGGGAAGGGUCGUCAGUGUGUGGUGGAGUAUGCAACACCCCUGCUGACGAUGUACAAGAUGUCCCAGGAGAGCAGCGCAGGUUUCGGGGAGCCUGAGCGCAGACAGCAGGUCCUGCUCUUCUACAAGACCCUGCAGGACGUACUGGAGGGCUCGCUGGAGUGUCGCAACCACUACACACUCAUCCUGCUCAAUGAUGAACUCGGGGACGACCCUCACUACCUGUCCAAAGCCAUCCUCAGACACCUGCAGCAGCAGGAGAAAGAGGAGUUCUGCCUCACUCCACCUCCUCACCAGGAGAUGGUGCACCCAUUUGCAAGUGCUCCACCAAGUGCUCCACCAAGUGCCCCAUCUAUGAAUGGAUGCUGGCACCACCCUGAGCCAAUGAGCAGGGAGCCCACGCUCAUGUUCAGCCUGGAGAAACCUCAGCCUCUGAAGGAACCUGUCGAGAGUACAGACCAUUAUCAAGGAGCAAAGUGAGCACAGGGUCAGGGAGAGAGGAACAUACAGUCAUGGAAAAAAAUAUUAGGCCAUUGUUUUUUUCAAUUUCUUGUUCAUUUUAAUGCCUGGUACAACUAAAGGUACAUUUGUUUGGACAAAUAUAAUGAUAACAACAAAACUAGCUCAUAGGAGUUUAAUUUAAGAGCUGAUAUUUAGACAUUUAACAUGUUUUUUUCUUGAUGAUUGAUACAAUAACACAUGAACAAGGAAUUAGAGAAAACAAGGGUGGUCUAAUCAUUUCCUUCCAUGACUGUAGAUUAUAACACACACACACACACACACACACACACACACACACACAGUUAUAUUAUGUGUUUCAACCUUUAAUUUAUUUAGAAUAUAUAAAAGAAUCUGAGUGGAUCCAUUCUGCAUAAUGUUAUAUCAUAUUCUGGUUAGUAGCAAUGUGGUCCACCUUCUGAUGUGAAUUUUUUAGUCAUUAUCUACCUUUUUCUGAAUUUAUAGAUAUUAAAUAAAUAUAAACAUUU